CUCUUAGACGCCUACCGGUUUCGCCAGCGCGGCGGUGGCUGCUCUCUCGGCUCCAGCCAUCGGGUCCGGUGAGGGCAGGCAGAGGCGGAGAAAGGGCGCGGAACUGCAGUGGGUGAGUCAGGCACUGUCUACGUGAUAAAGGGAGGCGGCGCCGCGGCGUAGGGCUGAAUUAAGUGAGUGCGGCCCGUGCCGCGGUCCGGUCCGCGACGCCGCUGCCUUAGCGUCAGCGAGGGAAGGGUGAGGAGGAGCCAGAGCCGGGUCCCCGCCGCUGUUCUCGUCCUCAGCACUCCGCCGCCAUCUCCACCAUGCAAUCUCGGGAAGACGCCCCGCGCUCUCGCCGCCUGGCCAGUCCCCGCGGCGUGAGGCGGCCCAAGAGGAUUUCUAAGCCCUCGGUUUCGGCCUUUUUCACGGGCCCAGAAGAAUUAAAGGACUCGGCUCAUUCUGCAGCCUUGCUGGCGCAGCUCAAGUCCUUCUACGACGCGCGGCUGCUGUGUGAUGUGACCAUCGAGGUGGUGACGCCUGGCAGCGGGCCCGGCACAGGUCGCCUGUUUUCCUGUAAUCGCAACGUGCUGGCAGCGGCGUGUCCCUACUUCAAGAGCAUGUUCACGGGCGGCAUGUACGAGAGCCAGCAGGCGAGCGUGACCAUGCACGAUGUGGACGCCGAGUCCUUCGAGGUGUUGGUCGACUACUGCUACACAGGUCGUGUGUCCCUGAGUGAGGCCAACGUGCAGCGCCUGUACGCAGCCUCCGACAUGCUCCAGCUGGAGUAUGUCCGGGAAGCCUGUGCCUCAUUCUUAGCCCGCCGUCUUGACCUGGCCAACUGCACUGCCAUCCUCAAAUUUGCCGACGCCUUUGACCAUCACAAGCUACGCUCUCAGGCUCAGUCCUUUAUUGCUCACAACUUCAAGCAGCUCAGUCGAAUGGGUUCAAUUCGGGAGGAGACUCUGGCAGAUCUGACCCUGGCCCAGCUGCUGGCCGUCCUGCGCCUGGAUAGUCUGGACAUAGAAAGUGAGCGGACUGUGUGCCACGUGGCCAUGCAGUGGUUGGAGGCUGCCCCCAAAGAGCGGGGUUCUAGUGCCGCAGAAGUGUUCAAAUGUGUCCGCUGGGCUCACUUCACAGAAGAGGAUCAGGACUAUCUGCAAGGGCUGCUCACCAAGCCCAUCGUGAAGAAGUACUGCCUAGACACUAUCCAAGGAGCCCUACAGAUGCGUUAUGGUGACAUGCUGUACAAGUCUCUGGUACCAAAGCCAAACAGCAGCAGCAGCAGCAGUAGCAGUAGCAGCAGCAGCAGCAGCAGCAGCAGCAACAACUCUGUUGUAUCUGCAAUAGAAAAUCCACCCCAGAGGCUAGGUAUGUGUGCCAAGGAAAUGGUGAUCUUUUUUGGACAUCCCAGAGAUCCUUUUCUCUGCUAUGACCCAUACUCAGGGGACAUUUACACAAUGCCUUCACCUUUGACCAGCUUGGCUCACACUAAAACUAUCACCUCCUCAGCUGUCUGUGUCUCUCCAGACCAUGACAUAUAUCUAGCAGCCCAGCCCAGAAAAGACCUCUGGGUGUACAAACCAGCCCAGAAUAGUUGGCAACAACUUGCAGACCGCUUACUGUGUCGUGAGGGCAUGGAUGUGGCAUACCUCAAUGGCUACAUUUACAUUUUGGGUGGGAGAGACCCUAUCACAGGUGUUAAAUUGAAGGAAGUGGAAUGCUAUAGCGUUCAGAGGAACCAAUGGGCACUGGUGGCUCCUGUACCCCAUUCCUUCUAUUCCUUUGAACUAAUAGUGGUUCAGAACUAUCUUUAUGCUGUCAACAGUAAGCGCAUGCUCUGCUAUGAUCCUAGCCACAAUAUGUGGCUGAACUGUGCUUCUCUUAAACGCAGUGACUUUCAGGAAGCAUGUGUCUUUAAUGAUGAGAUCUACUGCAUCUGUGACAUCCCAGUCAUGAAGGUCUACAAUCCAGCAAGGGGAGAAUGGAGGCGGAUUAGUAAUAUUCCCUUGGACUCAGAGACCCACAACUAUCAGAUCGUCAAUCAUGACCAAAAGUUGCUCCUCAUCGCUUCUACAACCCCACAAUGGAAAAAGAACCGGGUGUCUGUGUAUGAGUACGAUACUAGGGAAGACCAGUGGAUUAAUAUAGGUAUCAUGUUAGGCCUUUUGCAGUUUGACUCUGGGUAUAUUUGCCUCUGUGCUCGUGUUUAUCCUUCUUGCCUUGAACCUGGUCAGAGUUUCAUCACUGAGGAAGAUGAUGCACGGAGUGAGUCUAGUACUGAAUGGGACUUAGAUGGAUUCAGUGAGCUGGACUCUGAGUCAGGAAGUUCAAGUUCUUUUUCUGAUGAUGAAGUCUGGGUGCAAGUAGCACCUCAGAGAAAUGCACAGAAUCAGCAGGGUUCUUUGUAAAUAGUAUUUUGAAACACUAAGAUGUCUCUACUGCUAUAGAAUGUAUCUUAAAAAGAUAUCCCUUUUUUCCCCUGGGGGAAAAAAAGUUGAUUGAUUAGGACCACAGGUUUGGUUUAGCAAGGGUAAUAUUUUGAAAUAAUACAAAAUAGAAACACCCCAUGAAAUCAACCUAUUUAGUAAUUUACUGUGCUAAAAGUCCAGAAUUAAAGUAUGCAAAAGUGAACUAUACAAUCGAUUAGGAUGCUUUGUUUUUUUCCUUUGUUCAGAUACUCAUUGUGUGGGUGGGUUUUAUUUGGUCAGAUUUUUGUUUUUUUUUAAUUUAGUAUUCUGUUAAUUUCUAAAUUUUGUUUAGUGCCACAGGAGUUUUACUUUGUAUGAUAGAAAACUGGACUGGGAAUUGUUGGUAGAGUUUUGAAGGUAUAUUAUUUUCCUUCAGAUUAAUGAAAGUAGAUUUCCUAAGUUUUUAAUAUUCUAAGUUAAAUAUACUUUGUUAAAAUUUAGCGGAGAAAAGGAUAUUUACAUAUUAAGGUUACUGAAUAGUGAUUUCAUUCUGAUAAUGUGUAGAAUGGCCUUACAAGUUCAUAGGAUAUAAAAAAAAAAUCAGGAUUCUGCUGAUUUAAAAGAAAUUUCGGUUUUUUUGGAAUGUAAAAUGUUUAUUUGCUCAAUGUGACUAAUUUUCUAUAUAAACAAGAAACAUCUGUUCUUGUAGUGCCACAAAUUAUUCAAACACCCUUCUAAACCAAAAAAAAUACAUAUAUAUAUGAACUUGUUCUCCAAGUUCAUAUUUUUGAUCUGUGCUUGAUACAUGCUUCAUGAGUCAGAGGAAUAAUUUUUUUCCUACUAGGCAAAGAUUUAUUUGCUUCCCUAAAACAUCUUAGCUGUAUAGUUUUGUUGUUCAUCCUAGAGGACUCUUCAGCAGAAAGUGAUUUAUUCUUCACUGUUUUUGUGAGGUAAUACUGGUUUUGAAAAUAUGUAUAAGCUAAAAACUAUUUUAUUGAGACCAGUAGUAAUUGUGUCUAUCAACUAUAAAAUCAAGUGCCAGCAAAGAACUUUAAAACUUUAAGCUAUGUAUAGAACUGUUUUGUGUUGCAUUGUAAUGUUCUGUUUUGUAAGUCACUGUAAAUGUUCUUGAUAUCAGCUUGAAGGUAUUUUUGUAUUAAAAGUUGACCAGGUAAAGAACAUCAGUGGAUGGCAUUUGGGGCCAGUAGUGAAAGUGUAUUUCCUCUAAAAUAUUCCCCUAAGCAGUGGUGUAUAUGGUUAUUUUAUUAUGGUAUUAGUAGUAUAUGUUCUGUUUCUCUGAACCAUGCUCCAGUCCUUGGUUGUUUUUUUUUUUUUUUUUUUGGUCACCAUAUAUUUGGGGAAGUCCAUUAAUAGAUACUAAAUUGCACAUAACAUUGUUAAAUAUAAGAAAAUAUAGGUGCUUAACGUUUGAAGGUUUAUUAAUACUUGUGGUUGUCUUAACAUAUAUGAUAAAUGAUGUACAUAUACAGAUGUUUCUGGUGUUUACAUUUUUAUAUACCCAUAUAGAAUAAUCUUCCUGAAUUUUUGUUCAAUAACAUGCUAAUUCCUCUUCUAUGUUUAUUCUCUAGUGACAGAAUAGCUAACAUUCUUACCUUGGCAGAGGACAGAGGAGGCUGAUCUGAGGUGGGGAACUGAAUUUUUGAAUGAGAAAAGGAUAAAGAAACUAAAAAACCCACAAAUAAUGUUUUCUUAGCCAUUUUGAUAAGCCUACAAGACAUUCCUGUUUAACAUCAUUUCUAGUGAAAUAAGAUGUCUGCCCUACUAGUAUAUGUUUCUUCAAAAGGGUAAAUAUGUUUUAGUGGCCAAAGGCUAAUUUUUAUUCCAUUUGACAUCAGGGAGAUGAUAAGCACUGCUCUUUUAACAUAGAAAGCUAUUUCCACAUAUUUUUGUUUGGGGGUCAACUUUACCAUUAACUUUUUGUUAAAAUGAUAGCUUUUUGUUCUGUAACACUGAAACAUGACAAUACUUAACCAAAUUACUCAUCUGCAGAAUAAAGGUAUUCAACUAAUGUAUAAAAGGCAAAUUCUUCAAUUUGUCAUUCUUAACUAUUUAGGUAAAGCCUAGGCUAGAUAGUAGGAAUGUCUUGAUUUACAAUGAGGUUUUCUUGGUAAGGGGUAAGGAUUUUGGUUUUGUGACAUAUUUGUGUAUUAGGGAGUAAAUAUUAAUUAUUAUUUUACAGAUAAGUGAUUUGUAUGUGGUUAGUUAUAAAUAAAACUGGUACUAGAACCCAGGC